CCAACACACAACACCCAGCUUUCCCUCAUCCAUCCAUCAAACCCCGGUCAUUACACUUCCGCCGCACCGCACCGCGCUUUCGUCAGCAGGUUAAGGUAUCGCCAACCCAACCCCACUAUCGAUCGCACCCACACAAGUACCCCGUGUACUUGCUGUGUGGCCUUCUUGCUUUUUGCAGUACCUUUUUCAUAUGACAAACUCGGGCCCCGUUUCUACCUGCCCCAGCAAUAGCAACAAUGUCGACCAGACGCCCCCCCAUCUCGUCCCAAAGCUCGUCCUACGCCGCCGUACUAGCCGGCCAAGCUCGACAACAGUCGCCGCAAUCGGCAGCUUCGGGGAACGG